UUAAUUCUAUGCGCCUUUAGGUCGCAGCUCCAGCCCGACUGAGGAGACCUCGUGGUGCUCACAGACCUCCGUAACCUGGAGACUCCGCAGGACCAACCGAAACUUUUCUCCAACUUUUUUUUUCUCCAAUAAACAAAGAGAAAGAGUUGGAAUCUAGGUCGGAGCUGUUUGAAAGUUUCUGUGCGGUUAGCGGAGUCUCGCUUUGUCCAUCCAUCCUUCCAGAGCUCCUUUACGCGUCCGUUACCGGCCAAGAUGACGCGAAGAUCCUGCGCGGUUUACGUGGUGGGGAUCAUCUGCGCUCACCUGCUCAUCGUCGGGAUUGGCUUGAUGGUGUCGCAAGCUUUCCGCACGUUAAUGCACAACCGCCUGAAAAAGGAGAUUGUUUUGGUGGAAGGCAGCCGUGUGUUUGAGUCAUGGAAGACCCCUCCCCCUCCCGUCUACAUGGAGUAUUUCUUCUUCAAUGUGACCAAUGUGAAGGAGAUCCUGGAAGGAGGCAAGCCAGUGGUCACACAGAUUGGACCCUACACAUACCGGGAGUACAGGUACAAGGAGAACGUGAGCAUGGUGGACAACAACACCAUGGUGUCGGCGUACAACACCAAAAGCUUUGUGUUCAUGAGGGACAGGUCUGUGGGCGACCCCUCAGAGGACAACAUCACCACUGUCAACAUCCCUGCUUGGGCCGUAAUGAACAAGGUGAAAGGGAGUUUCUGGAAGUCCUCCAUGGUGUCCAUCUGGAUGAGCAGCAUCGGGAGCGGCCUCUUCACCACUCGCACUGUGGACGAGCUGCUGUGGGGCUAUGAAGACCCCCUGCUGGCUCGCGUUGCUUCCACCAGUCCUGAAGUAGAGAAGAUAUUUGGCCUCAUGUACAAGAAAAAUGGGAGUAACGACGGGGAGUUUUUGUACCGCACUGGACAACAGGACCACAUGGAUUACGGUCGUGUUGUAACGUGGAAAGGCCAAAGCCAGCUGACUUUCUGGACCACCAACCAAAGCAACAGCAUCAAUGGGUCAGACGGAAGUGCUUUCCAUCCUCUGCUGGAUAAGAACGAACGCAUUUACAUCUUCACCCCAGACCUGUGCAGGUCCAUCCACGUGGAGUUUGAGAAAGACGUGGAGGUGAAAGGAAUCCCAGCGUACCGCUUCACGCCACCGCGCUCCGUUUUUGCCAGCAAAGAGGAGAACCCGGCCAACGAGGGCUUCUGCGUCACCCCGCAGGAGUGCCUGGGAACCGGCCUUCUUAAAGUCAGCCCGUGUCGGAAAGGUGCACCAGUGGUCGCCUCUUUUCCUCAUUUCUACCUGGCUGAUUCUAAAUUCGUGGGUGCCAUUGAAGGAAUGUCUCCAGAAAGGACGCAUCACCAAACAUUUCUAGACCUGAACCCGACCACCGGAGUGAUCGUACGUGCAAACAAAAGAGCACAGAUCAACAUCCUGCUCAACAGGAUCAGUGGUUUCCCGAAAACGAGGAGCCUUAAUGAAACCAUCUUUCCAGUCAUGUUCCUCAAUGAGAGCGUGGUGAUUGACGACGCGUCUGCAGCGAGAGUACAGAAGCUGCUGCUGAUCGUCACCUUGGUUUCUAACUUCCCGCUCAUUAUUGUGGGACUUGGAGGCAUUAUGCUUGUUGUCUUCAUCAUCCUUCUGGUUCGGGCCCGCCAGCAGAAGAAUGAAGUUAAGCGCAUUGUGUUUUCCAAGCCGCUCUAUGCUACCGCUGCCGAAGACGACACUUCUUACUCUCCGGUCAAAGACAAGGAAAAGGAUGAUCCCCAAAAUGGAACCUACAUCGGUCUGACGCCUAAAGUCGACACAUAAGCUUGAGGAAGAGGAGGAUGGAGAGGAAACGGGGUUGUGUGAGGUUGGUUGGGUGGUUGUGGGGGUAGAGGAAGGGGACGUGGUUUUAGUAUCAGACAUACAAUAUGUUGUAAGUUUGAUUCAUGGAGAGCUACCUAAAAUCCAGCACGGUGUAUUCCCAGAAAAAAAAAUUGACAUUCAUCUUAAAAACACCACGUGCCAGUGGCUGCUUCUUGCUGUUUAUUAGUUGCAGUUCUCUGAAGACUAGAAAUGGAGAGUGCACUUGUGUAAAAAAAAACACCCUUUAAAUCUGGCGUGUGGGGUAAACGUACUGUUCAUGCUGUGGCCUCGUCUCGGUAUCUGUCUGGAUUCUUGUUCUGAACUUUAGGGACUGACUACUCGGGGGUCAUGAAAUCCAUAAACUGAGUUAUAUUUUUGUCAUCACACAUCACUCUCAGGGGGCCUCUGCUUAGACACUAUCAAACAUUACCGAAGCAGGAGAGAAGCAGAACACGCUGCACGUUUUCUCCAUCAGCUCAGUAUUACUACGAGCCAUUUGCAUUUCAUCUUAAACCUAAUGUUACGUAACACUUUCACAGCUCACUAUUAUUUUCUGUUCAUGCACUGUAGAGGGAUACCUGUGCACAUUGUCGCUGCCGUACCUGAAAAAAAACCCUUCUGAGUACGGUGUAUGUUUGUAUAUAUACAUAUAUAUAAAUAUACAGUGUAAGACAUGUUGAACUGCUCACAUUCCUCUCGCUGUAUGAUGGGAUGAAUACCAGACAAAACGCUGUAUAUUUGGAUACUUUAAUUUUUGUAAAGUAAGACAUCCUUCGCAUUUUUUUGUUUGUAAAUGUUAAUGUAGAAAUGUUUGAAUGAAGGAUAUCUCGAGUUAGAGCUUCACGAAUGUCUUCUGGUGCCAUAAUGAGCGACACUUUUAUCGAGCCCUGGAUAUGGCAGGAGUUUGUGGUUGAAGCAAUGAUUCAUACAGUACUGAAUUUGUGUGUUGGCAGUAUUUUUGCCCUGUAUAACUGCUUAUGUUAAAUGUCAUUUCAAAAUGUUUUAAAUGCUGUAGCUGUGCCUUUAAAGGAUCGACGUUACUGGAUUUUAUUUUUUGCUUUUUUUGCUGUUCCAUUUAUAGUUUUUCUUUUGUAAAAAGAAUGGCAUGCCAUAUCAACAACUCUACUCUCAAGUGCAUUUCGUUCUCUUCCAGCUACCAAACAAAAAUUUUGCAAAAUAGUUUUUUUUAGUACAGCCAGCAGGGUCAAACUGCACUUUGAAAACGCUCUGAAGUCUUGAAUGACAGGCUGCCGUGCAGGGCCGCAGCUUUCUCACUCAGUGCUGGUGAUGAAUAUGUUAGAUUUCAGGUGCCAUUUAAUGUAAUGUAGAAAAUGCUGCACAAUUACUCAGUUUGAACUGUGAUGAGCCCAGCUUUUAUGACUGCUUUUACACUUUGUCGUGACAUUUUGAAGAUAAUGAGCUCUUUCACACCAGCUCAUUACAUGCACUAUAAUAAUCAGCGUUGAAUAUAUCAGACGAUAGUGGAGACAUGUUUUUUUCCUCCUUCAUUUGAUUUUUACUAUUUGAUGUAUUCCGCAAUCUAAUCAUGUACAAUAAAAAAAAAUGAAAAUGAAAAAAACAAAAAAAAAAAAAAUCAUGCCGAGUGCAUAAUGUUGUAGUUAUAAAUUCACAAGAGGUUGAAUGAAUAGAUUAAUCAAAUAUUUGAUGCAAAAAAACACAGUAUUACACAACAUUAGGAUAGUUGUGGUUAUGAAGGAUAAGUUAUUUUGUUACGUUGAUAAAACCAAAACACACAAACGCACCAUGUGGACUGUACACUGGGCUACUUUGUGCCAUACUUUGAUUACAGAUUGUACUUUCUGAAAUUAUUGUUACCGCUAUAACCGCAUAUUCUUCUAAUUGUCAGCUUGUUUUCAAAUGUUGACUGUUAAUACUUGUUUUUACUCUGUACACACAAAUAAAAAGUAGUUUCAGUA